GCUCGCUGGUCACCUGGGCAGAGCCAGCAGCCGCGCGUCCCGGUGAUCGCACACAGGCAGGCGGCCACGCAGGGUUCGGCCAAAAUGGUGAAGAGGAAAAGCCUGGAUGAAAACGAACCGGAGUGCGGGAAGGGAAUACCGUUCCCGAUCCAGACCUUCCUGUGGAGGCAGACCAGUGCUUUUCUGCGGCCAAAGUUGGGAAAACAGUAUGAGGCAUCCUGUGUGUCCUUUGAGCGAGUGCUGGUGGAGAACAAGCUCCACGGGCUGUCGCCGGCCCUGUCAGAGGCCAUCCAGAGCAUCUCCCGCUGGGAGCUCGUCCAGGCGGCGCUGCCUCACGUACUCCACUGCACCUCCAUCCUGCUGUCUAACAGGAACAAGCUUGGUCACCAGGACAAGUUGGGUGUGGCGGAGACCAAGCUGCUCCACACCCUGCACUGGAUGCUGCUGGAGGCCCCACAGGAGUGCAACCACGAGCCCAGCCUGAGCCACGGCUGGUCCAGGGGCAGCAGCAGUAGCGCCUUCCUCCAGCCUGUGGGGAACCAGGGUUCCUCCCCGGGAGCUCCUAGCUCCUGCUCUGGCUCGGGCCUGGGCGGGUUAGGACAACAGCACAGCGGCUCCCUGCUGGAGGAGGAUGAGCAUACUCGCACCAAGCUAUUCCAAAAGAGCAUGGCAACAGUAGAGUUGUUUGUGUUCCUGUUUGCACCGCUUGUUCAUCGGAUAAAGGAGUCAGACCUGACCUUCAGACUGGCUAGUGGUCUGGUAAUAUGGCAGCCAAUGUGGGAGCACCGCCUGCCUGACAUCCCUGCCUUUACUGCCCUCAUCAAACCUGUCAGAAACAUUGUUACAGCAAAGAGGAACUCCCCAGUCAACAACCAGUGCAGCCCCUGUGGAUCAGGCAACCCGGGUCCCAUGGGCUUCCAGGUGGUUUGCGAAGCCACCCAAUCAGAUUCCUCCUCCCCCUCAGCCGGGGAGCAGAGCUGUCGUCGUGGUAACUCAGUGGAGAAAGGUGGCCCUUCCCAACAGCAACCCCCACUGGUCAAAGGCCCUUCCAAGAAAAAAACAUCAGCUCCUGCCGGCCUGCCAGCAUCGUUAGCCCAGCGGGCGCGUUACGCCACUUACUUUGACGUGGCCGUGCUGCGCUGUCUGCUGCAGCCACACUGGACAGAGGAGGGCGUGCACUGGGCCUUGAUGUACUAUCUGCAGCGCCUCAGGCAGAUCCUGGAGGAGAGGCCUGAACGCCCCCCAGAGCCCUUGGUUGCACCUCUGCCACGGCCACGCAGCAGCUCCAUGGUGGCUGCAACACCCUCACUGGUCAACACCCACAAGACUCAGGAUAUGAGCUUAAAAUGCAAUGAAGAGGGGAAAUCUCUGAGCACAGAGACCUUUGCAAAGGUUUCUCUGACUAACCUUCGUCGGCAGGCUGUCCCUGAUUUGUCUUCCGACCUGGGCAUGAACAUCUUCAAGAAGUUUAAGAACCGCCGCGAGGAUCGCGAGAGAAAGGGCUCCAUCCCCUUCCAUCACACGGGGAAGAAGCGCCAGCGUCGGAUGGGGGUUCCCUUCCUGCUGCACGACGACCACCUGGACGUCUCUCCCACCCGCAGCACCUUCUCCUUCGGAAGCUUCUCUGGCCUGGGUGACGACAGGCGGACCCUGGACCGCGGAGGCUGGCAGGCCACCAUCAUGGGCAAAUUCACACGGCGGGGCAGCACAGACACAGCUGCAGAUGCAGACAGCCUGAGCGCCAAACACUCUCAUUCCCACCACUCGCUGCUCAGGGACAUGCCCGACCACUCUAACAGCCACAGUGACAACACCGUCAAGGAGGUUCGAUCUCAGAUCUCCACCAUCACCAUGGCGGCGUUCAACACAACAGUUGCAUCCUUUAACGUGGGCUACGCAGACUUCUUCACCGAGCACAUGAAGAAACUCUGCAACCCCGUGGCUGUGCCUGAAAUCCCAGUGGAGCCGCUGGCAUGCGCCAACCUGCCGCGCAGCCUCACCGACUCCUGCAUCAACUACUCCUGUCUGGAGGAAGGCGAGAACAUCGAGGGCACCAAUAACUUUGUGCUGAAAAACGGCAUGUUGGACCUCACAGCUAUCCUGAGGGCUCUUUACUCCAUUCUCAGCCACGAUAUCAGUUCCAGGAUCUGCGACGUGGCUCUCAACAUCAUCGACUGCCUGCUGCAGCUGGGCGUGGUGCCCGGCAUGGGCAAGAAGUUGUCCAAGCCAGAUAACAAGGAGAACCAAGAGGCUCGUGCCAAAGAUGCGGCUGCUCAGGGCCUCGGAGGAGUCGCCCAGGGAGGCGGGCCGAUUGCGGGGGCUGGAGGAGGUGGAGGAGGGGGUGGAGGAGGAGGAGGGGGAGGGGGAAGUGGUGGAGGGAGCGGGCAGGGAAGCAAGGAUGAUGUGAAAAAUAAUAAGGAUGACGAUAAAAAGGAAGAAGCUGGUGGCCUCAGCCCCCACCGCCUGGCUUUGACAAUGCUCAUAAAGAUAGUCAAGUCUCUGGGCUGUGCUUACGGCUGUGGUGAGGGCCACCGAGGACUAUCAGGAGAUCGCCUGAGGAUGCAGGCCCAGAACUGCCUCACCAACCUGUAUAAGCUGGACAAGCUACAGUUUCGCUUGACUAUGCGCGAGUACGUCAACAAAGACUCCCUCAAUAACAUAGUCGACUUCCUGCAUGCACUGCUGGGCUUCUGCAUGGAGCCCAUCACUGACAAGUACGGCAGUGCAGGUGAGAGGUCCAGGAGGGCGAAAAAAAGAAACAUCGUGCUGUCAGCAAUGACUAAACCACCUGCUGUGUCAUCCAUGGUCUCUCCUGCCUCCCUGCUGCUUCCAGACAAGGCGGGCUUCGGAAACAACUUCACCACAGGAGACAACAAAUCUGUGGCCCAGAAUAUGGAGGCCGUGGUGGUGGGCUGCAUGUUCAAGUCCCUCAUCACCCGCUGCGCCUCAACCACACAUGAGCUGCACAGCCCCGAGAACCUGGGUCUGUACUGUGACAUCCGCCAGCUGGUCCAGUUCAUUAAAGAGGCCCACGGAAACGUGUUCCGCAGGGUGGCACUGAGCGCGCUCCUGGACAGCGCAGAGAAAGUCACCACCACCAAGAAACCCGAUGAGAAGGAGGAGACCAAACAGCCCGGUCCCAGGAGGUCAGAGGCGGGUGUGUCCGGGGAGAAGGGUCAGGUGUCCAGUACUGCAGACGAGUGUCGCAGCUACAUCUCCAGUAGACCCCCCCAGACACCCGAACAUGAAGAACAGAUCCCGGGUGCUCUGCUGGGCAGGAAGGAUUUUUGGAGGAAGAUGUUCAAGUCGCAGAGCGCCGCCAGUGACACCAGCAGCCAGUCGGAGCAAGACACCUCAGAGUGCACCACCGCACACUCUGGCACCACCACUGACCGCCGCUCGCGAUCCAGAUCCCGUCGCAUUUCGCUUCGCAAGAAGUUGAAGCUGCCUAUCGGGAACUGGCUGAAGCGCUCCUCUCUCUCUGGACUGACUGACGGCGUCGAGGACUUGCUGGAUAUCAGCUCGGUGGAUCGACUCUCCUUCAUACGUCAGAGUUCAAAGGUGAAGUUCACUAGUGCAGUGAAGCUGUCUGAAGGUGGCGCUGUAGGGCCGGAGUACGGCAGGGACGAGGAGGAGAAUUUCUUCAAGCGGCUCGGUAAAUGGAGGUCUGGCAGGAGGAAUCCAUCCAAGCUUCACCACACAGAAGAGAAAGAUGGACCUCACGGUUUCCAGGAGCGUCUUGCAGCCAGUCAGGAGGCCAUGAAGAACAAGAAUGUAGUGAAUCUGGGCGCCAUCCGUCAGGGUAUGAAACGCUUCCAGUUUCUCCUGAACUGCUGCGAGCCGGGAACCAUACCAGAUGCCUCCAUCCUCGCCGCUGCUCUGGACCUCGAAGCCCCAGUUGUGGCCAGGGCCUCCCUUUUCCUCGAAUGUGCCAGAUUUGUCCACCGCUGUAAUCGUGGCAACUGGCCCGAAUGGAUGAAGGGCCACCACGUAAACAUCACCAAGAGAGGGCUGUCCAGGGGCCGAUCGCCUAUUGUGGGCAAUAAAAGAAACCAGAAGCUCCAGUGGAACGCUGCCAAGCAUUUCUGCCAGUGGGGAGACGCGAUUGGCACGAGGCUCAGCGAACUCUGCCACUCAGACAGUGAGAGCCCCGCCAACAUCCUGGGUUAUAUUUACGAUGAAGAGACCAAACGCAGGAUGAGGAAAGAAGACGAGGAAGAAGACUAUUUAGAUGACAACACGGUCAAUCCUACAAAAUGCGGCUGCCCCUUCGCACUGAAGAUGGCCGCUUGCCAGUUGUUGUUGGAGAUCACCACUUUCCUGCGAGAGACCUUCCCCUGCUUACCACGACCACGCACCGAACCGCUUGUGGAUCUGGACAGCUGCCGCCUGCGUCUGGACCCAGAGCUCGGCCGCCAUCGCUACGAGAGGAAGAUCAGCUUUGCAGGCAUCCUCGACGACGAAGACGGGCACGAUUCCCUCAACAGCAGCAGCCACACUCUGAAGUCUGACACCACCUGCGAUGAUAAGAAGACCCAGGAGGCUCAGGCACCAGUGCGGAAGAUUCGUAUUGGAGGCUCGCGCCUGCUUCAGAUCAAAGGAGCUCGCAGUUUUCGUGUGAAGAAGGUCGGCUCGCUGUCUUCGAUACGCAGAGCAGGGAGUCUGAAGAGCACCAAGCUGUCUCGGCAGGACUCUGAGUCUGAGAACGAAGAAGGCCUGCUGUCACAAACGCAGAGCAGAGACACAGUUACUGACAUCGGCAGUCCCUUCAGCACCAGUGAACCCAGCAUCGAGCCAGAAGGUCAGAGCUCGGGAGGAACGGAGGACAACUACCACCGCAACAUGUCCUGGCUUCACAUUAUGAUCCUGCUGUGCAACCAGCAGAGUUUCAUCUGUACCCACAUAGACUUCUGCCACCCACGCUGCUACCAGCACCACAGCCGCUCCUGUGCCCGUCUGGUCCGCGCCAUCAAGCUCGUGUACGGGGAGACGGUGGACAGCCUGAGAGAGGACAGCACCUCCUCUGGUAACAUCGGAGGACGUGUGAAGAAAAACAAAGAGUGUUCAGACAAGUCUUGUCUGAGGACCCCGUCCAUGAAGAGAAGACCCACUGACUCCAACACAGAAGGGAAGAAGGAUACAGGCAUGCUCAAGUACAUCCGCAAUCAGGUGAUGAGUUUGUCACCAGCUCCUCUGUCACUGCUGAUCAAAGCAGCUCCUAUCCUGACUGACGACAUGUACGGAGACAUCCAGCCCGCAGCCUGGGAACUCCUACUCAGUGUGGAUGAACAUAUGGCAGCCGCUGCUGCUGCCUUGUUCCUCCUGUGCGCCGUAAAGGUCCCUGAUGCAGUGACCGAAAUGAUGAUGGCAGAGUUCCAGCACCCUGAGGCCUGCCAGCGCAUUAACUCCAUCCUGAAGUUUUACACUCUGUGGCGUUUUCGCUACCAAGUGUGGCCUCGCAUGGAGGAAGGAGCCCAGCAGAUCUUUAAGAUCCCUCCACCCAGCAUUAACUUCACUCUCCCUUCUCCAAUACUGGGCAUGCCCUGUGUCCCCAUAUUUGACCCUCCCUGGGUGCCCCAGAACACUGGCAGCGUCCAGGAUCCAAUCAACGAAGACCAGUCUAAAUCCUUCUCUGCGCGGGCGGUGUCGCGCUCCCACCAGCGAGCCGAGCACAUCCUCAAGAACCUGCAGCAGGAGGAGGAGAAGCGGCGUCUCGGCCGCGAGGCCAGCAUCAUCACAGCCAUCCCUGUGGCUCAGGAGGCCUGCUACGAACCCACAUGCAGCCCUCCACCCGAGCAAGAGGAGGAAGAAGAAGUGGUGAACCUGGCAUCACGACGUCUGUCCGUCAGCCCAUCCUGUGCCUCCAGCAACUCCCACAGGAACUACUCUUUCCGCCGGGGCUCUGUAUGGUCUGUCCGCUCGCUGGCCAGUGCUGAAGAUGAAGAAAACACAACAGAACACACACCCACUCACCACAUGCUACAGCCGCCUCAAGCUGUCUUCCCAGCGUGCAUCUGUGCUGCCGUCCUACCAAUAGUGCACCUCAUGGAAGACGGCGAAGUUCGAGAGGAUGGCGUGGCUGUGAGUGCUGUUGCCCAGCAAAUCCUCUGGAACUGCCUCAUUGAAGAUCCAGCUCUCGUUCUCCGCCACUUCCUGGAAAAGCUGACAGUGAGCAACAGACAGGACGAGCUGAUGUACAUGCUUAGGAAGCUCCUGCUCAACAUUGGAGAUCUGCCAGCCCAGACCUCUCACAUCCUUUUUAACUACCUGGUGGGCCUGAUCAUGUAUUUUGUGCGGACUCCCUGUGAAUGGGGCAUGGACGCCAUCUCGGCCACGCUGACCUUCCUGUGGGAGGUGGUCGGCUACGUGGAGGGGCUCUUCUUUAAAGACCUGAAGCAGACCAUGAAGAAAGAGCAGUGUGAGGUCAAACUGCUGGUCACAGCAUCGAUGCCAGGAACCAAAACGCUGGUGGUGCACGGGCAGAAUGAAUGUGACAUCCCAACCCAGCUACCAGUCCAUGAAGACACUCAGUUUGAAGCCCUGCUAAAGGAGUGUCUGGAAUUUUUCAACAUUCCCGAGGCCAGAUCAGCACACUACUUCCUCAUGGAUAAACGAUGGAACCUCAUCCAUUAUUCAAAGACAUAUGUUAGAGACAUCUACCCGUUCCGGAGGUCAGUCUCUCCUCAGCUCAACCUGGUCCACAUGUUGCCUGAGAAAGGACAGGAGCUCAUCCAGAAACAGGUGUUUUCCCGUAAACUAGAAGAAGUCGGUCGAGUCCUCUUUCUCAUCUCCCUCACACAACACAUGCCAGCUGUGCACAAGCAGUCCCACGUCUCCCUGCUGCAGGAGGACCUGCUUCGCCUGCCCUCCUUCCCCCGCACUGCCAUCGAUGCAGAGUUCUCCCUCUUUAAUGAGCCUCAAGGUAAAGAGCUGUUUGGCUUGGACACUCUCCACAAGGUGCUGUGGAUCAAACUGCUGGAGGAAAUGUUUCUGGGCAUGCCCAGUGAGUACCCAUGGGGCGAUGAGAUGAUGCUGUUCCUUAACGUCUUCAAUGGGGCCCUGCUGCUGCACCCCGAGGACAGCUCCCUGCUGAGGCAGUACACGGCGACCGCCAUCAACACCGCCGUUCACUUCAACCAUCUGUUCUCCCUGAGUGGGUACCAGUGGAUGCUGCCAACCAUGCUGCAGGUCUAUGCAGACUACGAGAGCAACCCUCUUCUGAGGCAGGGCAUUGAGUUUUGCUGCCGGCAGUUUUACAUCCUCCAUCGAAAACCCUUUAUCCUGCAGCUGUUUGCCAGCGUUGCUCCGCUGCUCGAGUUCACAACCAGCACCAGUACCGGUCUUUCUAAAGGAGUUUCGGCCCAGUGUCUGUUCGACCUGCUGGUCUCUCUAGAAGGUGAAACUCAGGAUGCCCUGGAUGCUCUGGAGCUGGUCAAAGCUGAGAAGCCUCUACGCUCUCUGGAUUUCUGUUAUGGUAAUGAGGACUUGACCUUUUCUAUCAGCGAGGCCAUCAAGCUGUGCGUCACUGUGGUUGCAUAUGCCCCCGAAUCCUUCAGGAGUCUCCAGAUGCUGAUGGUGCUGGAGGCCUUGGUUCCCUGCUACCUCCAGAAACUGAAGAGCAACACAGUUACGAUGGAGUCUGCUUCGGCUGCCAGAGAUGAGAUUGCGGCCAUCGCUGCCCUAGCUACGUCUCUGCAGGCCCUCCUCUACAGCUCUGAAGCCCUCACAAGGCCCAUGACGGCUCCCCAGAUGUCUCGCUGUGAUCAGGGCCACAAGGGUGGCACUACAGCUAACCACGCCAUGUCCGGAGGGGUCAACACCAGGGACAAUCUUCACCUGCUGGAGGAGGGCCAGGGCAUGCCAAGGGAGGAGCUGGAUGAGCGCAUCGCCAGGGAGGAGUUCCGCCGGCCACGGGAGUCCCUGUUGAACAUCUGCACCGAGUUUUACAAACACUGCGGGCCACGGCUCAAAAUCCUGCAGAACGUUGCAGGCGAGCCGCGGGUCACAGCUCUGGAGCUACUGGACAUCAAGUCCCACAUGAGGCUGGCGGAGAUCGCCCACGCCCUGCUGAAGCUGGCGCCCUACGACACCCUGACCAUGGAGAGCCGAGGGCUGCGGCGUUACAUCAUGGAGAUGCUGCCCAUCACCGACUGGUCGUCCGAGGCCGUCCGGCCUGCCCUCAUCCUCAUCCUCAAGAGGCUGGACCGCAUGUUCAACAAGAUCCACAAGAUGCCCACGCUCAGGAGACAGGUGGAGUGGGAGGCGGCCAGCAGCCUGAUCGAGGGGAUCUGCCUGACUUUGCAGCGACAGCCAAUCAUCUCGUUCCUGCCUCACCUGCGCUCGCUUAUCAACGUCUGCGUCAACCUGGUGAUGGGUGUGGUCGGCCCCUCCAGUGUGGCGGACGGGCUGCCACUCCUCCACCUCAGCCCCUACCUGUCUCCUCCUCUGCCCUUCAGCACCGCCGUGGUCCGACUGGUUGCUCUGCAGAUUCAGGCCUUGAAGGAAGACUUCCCCCUCAGUCACGUGAUCUCACCUUUCACCAAUCAGGAAAGGCGGGAGGGGAUGCUGCUCAACCUGCUCAUUCCCUUCGUAUUAACUGUAGGCUCCGGGAGCAAAGACAGCCCCCACCUGGAGCAGCCGGAGGUCUUCCUGCUCCUACAGACAGUCAUCAACAUCCUGCUUCCCCCUCGGAUCAUCUCCACAUCCCGCACCAAGAACUUCAUGCUCGACGCCUCUCCGGCUCACUGCUCCACGCCGGGCGACCCUGGGAAAGAUCUGCGUAGGGAGGGAUUAGCAGAGUCCACGAGCCAGGCUGCUUAUUUAGCUCUGAAGGUGGUGCUGGUUUGCUUCGAGCGCUCGCUGGGGAACCAGUGGUAUCGGCUGAGCCUGCAGGUGAAGGAGAUGGCUCUGAGGAAGGUGGGCGGCUUGGCCUUCUGGGACUUCAUCGACUUUAUCGUCCGAACCCGGAUCCCCAUUUUUGUCCUGCUCAGACCCUUUAUACAGUGCAAGUUGCUGACCCAGCCGGCCGAUUCCCAGGAAGAGAUCACAGCGCGCCACCACAUCGCUGAUCAGCUGGAGCGGCGCUUCAUCCCACGACCUCUCUGCAAGAGCUCACUGUUUGCAGAGUUCAACAAUGAGCUCAAGAUCCUCAAAGAGGCUGUGCACAGCGGCUCGGCAUAUCAGGGCAAGACAUCCAUCAGCACGGUGGGCACCUCCACGUCAGCCUACCGCCUCAGUUUGGCCACAAUGUCACGGUCCAACACAGGCACCGGAACAGUUUGGGAGCAGGACAGCCAACCGUCACGGCAGCCCUCACAGGACACGCUCAGCCGUACCGACGAGGACGACGAAGAGAUUGACUCCAUGAGCAUUCCCAGCGUGGUGAGCGAGCAUGAAGCCUUCAUGCCCAGGGUGAUGUCACAGCGCCGUUUCUCCAGCCACGCCACUGGCUCGGCGGCCUCUCAGCCCGAGGCCCCCCGCACCAUAAUGUUGCCCAGCCACAGUGAACCCAAUGUGCUAGAUGAGUCCCAGGGCCUUCUGCAGGAGGGUAACCUCUCUAGGGUGGCCAGUGUGCAGAGCGAACCAGGUCAGCAGAACCUCCUGAUCCAGCCUCCGUUGGGAAGAAAGCGAGGACUCAGACAGAUGCGACGCCCCCUGCUGUCCAUUCCAAAGACCGAACCGCGCGGUCGAUCUGGAGCAAGGCUUUCUACAACGCGCAGGAGCAUUCAGCCCAAGAACAAACCACUGGAAACUUUAUUGGACUGUGAAGCGCAUGGAGACCAAAAGAGGUCAGUCACCUUUACAGAGAAUCAAGGCCAGCAGGCGUCCACGGGGGCAAGCAAGCCUCCAACUCCCAGCACUGUGGACCCACCGGGUGAAGGCAGAGGGACGAGUCCUGCCCCAUCAAAGUCCCCAACCCUGGAAGUGCCCCCCACCUCUUCAGCCAUGAUCACGGCUGACCUGCACGGACCUACAAAUGCACAGGUCCCUCAAGCAUUAAGCAGCAAGGAGAAGAGAGAGCAGUGGGGGCUCCGCAGCAGCCUCUCCCCUCCCCCAUCCAUCUCCCGGCCUUCCACUCCAACACCCCCAUCCCGAACCUGCUCCCCUCUCCCCCUCUCCAGAACCUGCUCCCCUCUCCCUUUGUCCCGCUCCUCCUCUCCUCUCCCACCGCCACUCCCGGUGCUGAGCACAUCACCCGCCCCGGGUCCACCGCCGCCACCUCCAUUACCACCAACUCAUCUUGCUGCUGCUCCUCCUCCUCCACCACCACCGGGGCCUUCCAGGAUCAGAGAGAGCCCCGGGGACGAGGACACAACCGCCCUGCUGCCGCGCAGCGACACCUUGCUGCAGCUCAGCGAGGACGACGGCACUGAGAACCCGCUUCUCACCCCGCUGCUGUCCCCUCCUUCCCCCCGCCGGUCACCUCGCCGCUCUCCCCUCCCCCUCUCACCCGUCGACCUGGACCUGGAUGAGUCUCACGUGUGAGAGAGGUGACGGAUGGAUGUUUUUUCUAUCCAGAUGCUCUAUAAAACACAAAAAGUAAAGUUUUAGGUUUUACUGAAAGUCUUAAACAGUUUGAAAGGACAGGAAUGUUUUGACUUUAUGUAUCCUAAAUGAAGAAAACUCCUUCCUCUGUCUGAAAUAUGACAAAUCAGAGUCACUCUCUUAUCUUCUCUGUCCUCAGUCUGAGGGCUGAAUGUAUGUUACAGCAGCAAUCGACAUAACGUCUCAUCUUUGGUCCUCACCAAGAGCAGAAAUGUAUUUUCAGCAAUGAUAUCAAACACCUAUUUAAGAUAAGAGAAAGGAUUAUUUAACUCAGUAAUGACCAUUCAAAAUAGAAAAUAUGUCUAUAUUGAAAAAGGAGAUGAUAUAACAUGUGAUGUGGUGCAGAUUUGUAUGAACGUUAUAAAGAGCCAUUCUAAAGAUAAAGUGAGUGACUUAUCUUAGCACUUUUAUUUGAAAUGGAGUAAAGGGAAUAAAUAUAUAAUACAGCAUAUGUAUUUUAAUCACAUAGAAGUGGAGUAUGACAUGUUGUAAUCCAGAAGUCUAUGAGAUUUUAUAUUUUAGAAAGAGAUGUUUUUUCUGUCAUUUGCACUGCAAAAUGUUCAUAAAGUCGAAUACACGUGUUUCCAGCUAAAACUCCAUCAUAUCCAGUGCUUUGUUAAGUGAUGCUGUUUGUAAAGUAAACGUCUUGGUGUGGAUAAAGACUUUUCCAUCAACUCUGCUGAAAAAUAAAAGUUUAGGAUAAAUUAGAGAUGCUCAACAGGAUAACCAAAACAAAUUCACCACAAUUUUGACUUUUUGUUUUUUUAGCGUGGAUGCAAUCCGAAAGGCUAACACUAAACUGGAAACACAGUCACAUGACUUCUUCAUGUGAUAAGAUGUUGUGCCGGCCAAUCGUGCUCCCUGUAUUACAGCAGUCUCACAGCAGCUUGUGAAGUAGUUGCGACAUUUGUGUUCAUGUAUAUGCACCUCGUAUUUUCCAUGUUUAAAAGGGAAAAAAAAGUCUACAGUUGCACAGAUUGACAGUUACAUGGAUGUGAGAGAUUGCAGGGGUUGCAAUGGUAGCAGGGAUAUGAGGGAUUGUAGGAAUUGUGAGUGUUGCAGAGAUGGGAGGGAUUGCAAGGGUUGUAACGGUUGCAGGAAUAGGAGAGACUGCAGGAAUGUGUAAAAAAUUCAUUUUUGGCGUAUUUACUGACGCAUCCCACCAACCCCAACGAUGGCGCGGACCAUAGUGUGCACCAUAAUUGGAGAGAAAAUCAUGGUGACCAAUUAGCGAAUUUCAAGAACUCCGUAUGGUAGCCCCUCCCACAGCCUCUGUCAUCCGAGGCUUCAUCUUCAGGGCCUGGCUGUGGAAACACAGCAAAAAAACAACCAAUUCCCCAAAUACAUUCCCCAAAUGUAGAGACACUACAUUUGAAUUUGUUUUAUCUGUUUGUUAGUUUUAGGAAGAAGGCAGUAGAUUGCGGCUUCACCGGUAGAUAAAUAAACCAACACCGGUUGUGCUAUCACCAUCAUCAUGCAGUCAUAAUGUCCUACCAAUGUCUCAUUGAGUUCAGCUCUAACUCUACAGUGUAUGUUGUGCACAAUAUUUUAUUUGUGACCAAAGACUGUAUCUUUACAUAGCAGUUAUAUAUAUAUAAGAAAAAGGCAUAUAAUAUUUACAGAGACACUUGUCCUGGUAUUGGUCAUGCUGUUCUGUUUGUGUCUGUGAUGUCUUCUAUUCAGAGCAGUGGGGACGGGAAGUCUCUUCUCUUUAUUGCAACUGUGACGAUGCAGUAGAUAGACGUUACCUCGUUACUCAUUUCAUGCCUUAACAGAGACGUCUGCAUACAUCGGUUUAUUUAGUCCACUGAGAACCUCAUACCUCCAGGAGUAUCCACUGAAACAGUCCCACAGUAACGUCCGGUUGUUUUCUGUCUGCCGUGUUCGUGACACUCAGCUGCUUGCUGUGGCCUCCACACUCAAACCUCUCUGUGUGCUGUCAGGCUACAGAAGACAAAACGUGCCAUAACUCACACCAGUGCACUGUGAGUGUUUUAUUGUUGGCUGCUUCUGUCUUUCUUUUGUCUGUUUGUGUCAUGAUUUGUGAAAAAUUAUGUAAUCAUUUUGGUUAGUUAUGCAGAGGAUGCUUUUCUUAAAGGGGGUUAUCGUUGUGUCUCUAAAUCCACGCACCUCUGCAAAUUCUUUGUUUGAUGUUUCUAAAUGCAUAUCAUGCCAAGCCUAGAGUGUAAAGACGUAUCGGCAUAUUUAUAGUCGAGGGUCGCUGGGUUUGUCGUAUCGGAACUCCCUUUAAAUGUAACAUGUCUGUGUCAAAUGAUGUCUUCUUUGUGCAAAGAUUAAAUAAUAAAGCUUCAGUAUAUCAGAAUAUUUCCUAAAUAUCUAAAUAAAUGGAUAUUGUUAUCACUGUUUUUCAGCUUUGUCUGGGGUUUUUUUAAUGGAGGUUUCUGUCAUUUUCAGUUCUUGCUUUGAAAAUAGCUCAGCAAGAUAGAUUUUCAGUAAACUGAUGAC